UUUAUACAGGAUGUCGCUACUAUAAAGCCGGAUUCAAAUAACCGGGAAAACAUGAUCAACGAACUAAACUGUUCGAUUAUAUUCUUCCAUGAUAAAAGUGAACGAAUUUAACGUGAUUAAAAGUUAUUAUUUAUAUAUUUUUAUAUUGUAUUAUAAUGGAGUUUUUAACACAUAAUUCAGUACCUUCAAAUUACGUGUAAUCAUCAAUCGUAAUUGUACACAAAUUGCGAUCCAAUUUUAUUGUUAUUGUGUAUAAAAAUGAGAUAUAACCUACGAUGGAUGAAGAUAACAGUCAAACGGUGAUUUUAGAAGAUAAUGAUGGUUCUGGCAUUGCAGAACCAUUAUGGUCAUUUAUUCAUUCUCCAGUGGUUACGGUGUUCGCAGAUUAUAAAAAUGAAAUGGCAGAGCCAAUGUUACAUUCUCUGUUAGAAUCUCUUAUAAAAAGAUCAUCGAAUUUAAAAAUGGUUUUACUUCCAUCCAAUCCUGAUCUUGUUGAUACAAGCUUAUUGCAACAGUAUGACGCAUUUGCAGUUUGGCUUUUUGGAGCAAUGUUUUAUAUAGUAGGACAUCCAUUAAGCGACAGAACUCUUACUUAUAGCAUAAAUAUACAAGCAUCUAUGCUUACAACAUUAUCCAUACAUAAUAUAAUAACAUUUCACAGGAUAUGUCCAUUUUACGUAUCUAUGCUUAAAGAUAUACAAAAUUUUAUUUCAUCUGCUGAGCUCUGUGAUUCACUAAUACUCAAUAAAUUUAUUGUAAUUGAAGACAUUAUACCGAGCUUAAAACUUACACAAUUUCCAGUAACUGUUAAUUUCAAUUCUGUUGGACUAGUACUGAAUUCUAUAUUACAGAUUAUUAUACAAUCAGGAACAUCUAAUUGGAAUAAUGACGAACUUUGGAAUAUUCUUUUAAAAAUAAUAGAAACAGCUAAUGCAGACGUGAAAUUAAAGGUCAUGAAACUUUGCGUAAAUCUGCUCAUUUAUGUUGAUGAACAAAAUCCCCAUAUCUCAUUACUUAUAAGUCAUGUUAUGGGAAUUUUAAAAAUUAUUCCAAUAUGGUUUAAUAAUGGACAUAUGAAUAAAAUGACUUUAAAUGAAUAUUUUGAAACAUUCGUAGAAUUUAUUAGUGGUUUAUUCGUGACUCGAGAAGUUAAUGUGCUGUGUUUUUUCAUCAUGGAUUUACUUUUGAUGAAUAUUGAUAUAAUGUCUUCCAUAAAAGAUGAUAUUCUAACAAAAUUAAGAGAAGAAAUAUGUGAAAAAAUAAGACAAUAUUUAAUUAAAGAGCCAACAAUUUGUAAUCGUGCUGAAGCUAAAAAAUAUAUUUCAUAUUUUCACUUUUGCCCGGAAUUUAUUCCAAUUUUCAUGUCCUAUAUUUACUUUGAAAUUGAAGAAUGUGCCCAUAUAAGUAGUCCAAUUUAUAUAGAUGAUCAAAAGCACUGGAUUAUCGGACAAAAAUUGGAUGUUAUUUUGUAUGGUAAUUUUGCCGAUCAAUUUUUAGAAGAAUUACGAAACGAGAUUAUUAAUGAUAAUGGUACAAAUAGAGAUGUUAUUUUGGAAUCUAUGUUGUAUCUAAUAUCUCAUAAGGAAUGUAAACAAGAUUUUGUUCAAAUAUUUAGUACAUUACCAUUUAUUGAGAAUUUUAAAGAAUUGAAUGUAAAUCAAAGAAUUAUAAAAAUCUUAAAAUAUGUUAAUGAGGAUACAGCUAUACAAAUUAUUACGACAUUAUGUUCAUUUGAUAAAACAGAAAAUAUAUUACAUGUAAUAUAUGAAUUUAUCGUAAACAAAGAUAUUGUAUUUGCUGUUACAGGUAUAAAAUCCAGUACUGCAUUAAUAAAACAUAAUGAAAGAAAAUUGGAGGAUAUAUGUAAAUUUAUUUUAAAGCCUGCUUUAUUAUCAGGCGAUCUAGCGAUCCAAACCGCUUUAGCAAAAAUAUUAGGUUCCAUGGCUUGUACUUUAGCAAAUGGCUUCGACUUAUUUAGGGAAAUAAAAUAUUUGAUGAUUAACCCACCUGGAUGUAAAUAUUGUGUUGAAAAUUUACAAGAUAUAGAUAAAGAUAAAUUUUAUAAAUCGUAUUUUAUAGAGGAACACGAAGAACAGUUAUUGAUUCCAUAUUACCAGUUAUUUGAAUCAAUGUUUUCUGAUGUACGUUUCUGUAUGGCACAUAAUUCUAUACAUUUUGCAAAUCAUAUGAGAUCAUUUAGCAGCAAUAACAUAGUAAAACUUUGGUUGCCUUGUAUAAAUGAUAGUGAAGUUCACGUAAGACAAAACCUUGCCAUAAUAAUAGGCCAAAUAUUAAAUAUUCGAAUCCAAAAGGCAAAGAAAGCUGGAGCCAAAUUAGUAGAUGAGAUACCACCAGAUUUAAAAGAAUUUGUAAAUUUAGUGAUAGAUGCCAUGAUGGAAACAUUAAUUGAAGCUUUAGAAACUUCCGAUAGUGAUUUACCACUUAAUAUAUUACUUCAAACUGCAAGAAAUUUUGGAUGCGUUCCAUUAUACGCAACAGAAUGCAAAGUUGCAUAUAUAUUUCUUCUUACUAUACUUCAUCAUAAUUCAUCACCUGCAGUCGUGACCACUGCUAUCAAUGCUUAUGAAGAAUUGGCUUCUUUCCUUAAUAUAAAACCAAAGAUGCUAUACAUUAGAUACAAAAGAGAGUUUCUUACGUUAAUGGUGCAACAAGCAUUCCUUAAUUAUUAUGAUUUUUCUUAUAAUAUCUCAACUUCGUUACAUCGUGCUGCUAAAUGCAUUGGGUAUACUGGAUCACAUGAAUUAAUAAGCAAAGAAGGUCAUCAUGUGAUUUGUUAUUUACUGCCUUACAUACUUGACACAACAGUAAGAGAUGGUUUUUUACCAGACAUUGCCGAACUAUUAGAAACAAACGAAAAACAAAUGUUAAUCGAAUAUUUUCCGCAUAUCUGCUCUUAUGUAUUUUUAAACAUACCCUUAAAUAUUGGAUUAGUAUGUUUAAAAAAUGUAUCACUAUUGACUGAUACCAGCAUUCAAGAAUUAACAACAAAUUCUUUUGUGAUUAUAUUUGAAAACUUGAUGUUAAAUUUUCAUAAUACGCCUGAAAAAAUUAUUGGUUUUCUAAAAAUAUUGUCACAGUUUGACACUAUUGCAACACCAGAUUUGAAUUCAAAAGAGAAUAUUAACUCCUAUCUGAAUCUUAGACUACAUGGUAUAUUAGUGAAAUAUGACGUCAAUCUUAGUUCUAAAUCAGAUGAAUGGACUCAAAAAACUUCAUUGGCUUCAUUAACAACAUUAAUGCGAUUUAUGGGCGCAAAACAUAUUACCAUAUAUAGAUUUAAAAUUUUAGCAACACUACGAGUUUUGUUAGAGUUUAAAAGACCUGGCUUUGGACCCUUAAUAUGUGAUGCAUGGGAUGCCUUUAUUCACAAUAUACCAAUGGAAGAUCUUGGCCCAUUAAUACCAACUAUAUGCAUUUUUAUGAUACCAUUAUUAGAAAAUUAUUAUGAAAAAGUAAGCAAGAUGUUAGAAUUCUUACUUCGUAAAAAUGAUAUCACUUCAAAUUAUAUAUCGGAGUUAUUUUUUAUUGAUGACUUGAAAACUCCGAAUCAUAUAUCAGAUAUUAUUAAGAAACAAAUUUUACAAACACAAUCGAAAGGAUUUACUGCAAAUCUUCAAUUAUGGCUUAAACGAAUAACUCAUGAAACAGAUGAAAUUCGUAUGUUAGCGUUACAACAUUUAAAAAAAUUUUUAACAGAACACAGAAUAGAACUAAACGAAAUGAUACUAAGUGAUACAGAUGUACAUCCUUCUAUUGUUGAGCUUUUAGAUACUUUACUCGCAGGAUGUCAAGAAAAGGAUGAAAAUAUUCGUUUAUUAUAUGGAGAAUGUCUUGGAGAAUUAGGCGCUAUCGAACCAAGUCUUCUUCCUAGAAAAAUUAUUUCUAGAGAGGACAGUAAAUUCAUAUUUGACAUGAAUGAAGAAUUUGCUUGUGCAAUGCUUUCUGAAAAUGUUCGUGCUUUUCAAAUGCAAAAAAGUACUCAGAAUAUGGAUUGUUUUGCACUUGCUAUACAAGAAAUAUUAAAAGCUUAUGAUAUAAGACCAGAAGGUAAACAAAGUAAAAUGUGGAAAAAUCUUCCUUCAACAAUGCAACAAAUAAUCUUUCCUUUUCUAACGUCACAUUAUAGUAUAACAGUCAAAUCCGAUAUUAGUGCAUUUCCUCGACCUAUUUACGGUUCUGAAGCUGGAUCCUGCGUGGAAGAGUGGGCAUAUAAUUGGUUGUGCAGUAUAUCAAGUCAUUUAAAUAAUAAUACUUUAUAUAAUAUGAUGCUUGCUUGUAGACCAGCAUUUAAGCGAGAUAUAAAAACAAUAAUAUUUGCUCUUCCUUACCUUGUUGCCUAUGUAGUUGCAAAUGCAACAGAAGAACACAUACAUGAUGAAUUGAGAGGAGAAAUGCUAGCAGUAAUUAAUGUUAGAGAACAGCCUACUCUUAAUCAGGAACUGUUUUUGCAUCGACCUCUUCGAUCUGAAUAUAAUAUAAGAAUGAAUGAGAAACAAAUAUCUGAUGAAGCUAGACGUAUGCGUUGCUCUCAGAUUGUAUUUUCGGUAUUGGAUCAUUUACAAAGAUGGCUUAGAGAACGAAGAUUACAUCGAGAUAAUAAGUUUAAAUUAAUACAAACAUUCUGCUCGAAAUUGGAUAAUUUGGUAAUAGCAGAAGGUUGCUAUCGAUCACAGGAAUUUCAUCGUGCUUUGAUGUACUUGGAACUACAUAUGGCUUCUAGUGGUAAAGAAUUAUCAGAAGUAGCUGAAGGAGACUUACUUUCAAAAAUAUAUGCCAAGCUUGAUGAACCGGAUGGAGUUUCUGGUAUUUUAGUAAGCCAAAAUAAAACACCUGCAUUAAAACAAUUGUUAUUGGCACAUGAAGUCAGCGGAGACUUACAGGAUGCAGCUAUAUGCUAUGAAAGACUCGCGCAAAAAGAAGUUUUCAAAUUUAAAUAUUUGCAAGGUAUGAUCGAGUGUUACUUGGGUCUUAAUCAACAUUUUACAGCUACACAUAUUGCAGGUGCUUUACUAAGCUACAGGCCUGAACUGGAACCACUGAUAAUUGAUAAUGAACCUUUCUGGAGACUUGCUCACGGUACUUACGAACACGAACUACAAAAACAUAAAAAUAAAGAUAUGAAGAGUAUGUUGUUAAAAGAUCUUGAGCGAGGCAUUAAGUUAGAUUUUUCUACGACAAAAAAGAAGUUAGUAUCGCUUUUAGAAGUUGCUUCACGUCCAGGAGGAUAUCAGCAAGCGUAUUCAUAUAUUAUGAAGUUGCAUGUACUGAAUGAAUUCGAUAAAGCAACUUCUUUGAUGAUUACUGAUGUUAAACAAGUUCCAUUGAUAUUUGAAGAAUGGGAUAAACGUGGCCAACUUUUAACUACAUCGCGUGGAAUAGAAUUUGUUCUUGGUAUGCGUAGAGCCAUAUUAGAUAUAGCUCUAGAAUUAUAUGAAAGAAAGGAAUUUGAAGAAGACAAUCUGCAACUUAAACAAGAAAUUGGCAAAUUUUGGUUGAAAAGUGCAAAGAUUGCUAGAAAAACUGGUUUUCAUCAGCAAUCAUACAUGCAUCUUUUAUCUGCUGCUGAUUUCUGCCCUCCUCAAGAAAUAGCUAUAGAACAGGCUCAAUUAUAUUGGAUUAAAGGAAAUCGGGAACACGCUUUUACAACUUUGAAACAUUGUUUCACACAUUACUUCAAACCAGUUGCUGUUUAUAAACAAAUGCCAUUAGGAGAAUGCGUUGAAGAAAGAAAACAAUGCGCUAAGGCAAAACUUCUCUUCGCUCGAUAUAAUGAUCAAACGCUUAAUGUGGAUACAGAUAUUAGCAUUGCUAAUUAUAAGGAAGCUAUUGAAGUAUGGAGAGCAUGGGAGAAAAGUUUACUUGCUUGUGCUCAAUAUUACGACUCCGUUGUUAAUAGGAUGUCUGAUGAUGAAAGAGACAUAAAAGGACGAGAUUUACAAGUUCAUAUGAUGAAUUAUUAUGGCAAAUCACUUAUGUAUGGCUGCAAAUACAUUCAUCAGUCAAUGCCUAGAAUGUUAACUAUUUGGUUAGAUUUUGCUUCACGUUUAUCUGCAAAUCGUAGUAACCAUCAUGGAGAACUUGAAUAUAUUUCAUUACGUCAAGAUAGUUUAGUAAAAAUGACUAAAAUUAUGGAUGUGUAUUCAGAAAGAUUACCAUUAUUUAUGUGGCUUACAGCAUUUAGUCAACUUGUUUCUAGAAUUUGUCAUCCUUCUAAAGAAGUACAACAAACACUUUGUGCACUUUUGGUUAACUUAAUCGUCGCGUAUCCACAACAUAGCUUGUGGAUGAUGGCUUCAGUUAUUAAUUCUUCAGUUCCUAUACGACACAGAAGAUGUCAAGAAAUUUUAAAUCAUUCCAAAUUAAAAACGACAGAAAUGAUUAAACUUAUCAAGGACUUUAAUAAUCUUUGGGAAAGAUUAAUCGAGUUAUCUAAUAAACAUAUAAAUGAUCGAGUACAAAACGUAACCGUUAGUCAAUUAUCACGAAAUUUACCACGAUUGUUCUUAAAUCCGAAUUUUAGUAAAAUUAUGAUCCCAGCAACGAAAUUUCGACAACUUAAUCUACCUUCCAAAAAUGCUUCUUUAGAUAAUUACAACCCAUUUUCUUCAAAUUUCGUACAUAUAGUGGGAAUAGAAGAUGAUGUAGUCGUUAUGAAAUCUCUUCAAAAACCACGACGUAUCGGAUUGAAAGGGUCGGAUGGUAACAAAUACCUUUUUAUGUGCAAACCGAAAGACGAUUUAAGAAUAGAUUUUAGAUUGAUGGAAUUUAAUGAUAUUGUUAAUAAGUAUCUUCAAAAAAAUCCGGAGUCACGACAAAGAAGACUUUAUAUAAGAACUUAUAGUGUUGUACCGCUUAAUGAAGAAUGUGGUCUUAUUGAAUGGGUACCUAAUUUAGUUGGACUUCGACCUAUCCUUAUGAGUACUUACGAAGAGAUGGGUAUAGCUAUGAUGAUGAAAGAAUUAAAGCAAAUAUUAUGUUCUUUAAAUGAUCCAUUGGCAAAGAAGAAAGAAGUAUUUCUCAACAAAUUACUUCCACGUCAUCCUCCUGUUCUCAGUGAAUGGUUUCGUCUUACAUUUCCUGAUCCUUAUGGAUGGUAUGAAGCUCGUACUGCAUAUAUUAGAACCACUGCUGUUAUGUCGAUGGUAGGAUAUAUACUUGGACUUGGAGAUCGUCAUGGAGAAAACAUAUUAUUUGAUUCUAAAUGCGGUGACUGUGUUCACGUUGAUUUUAAUUGUUUAUUUAAUCGGGGUGAAUUUUUAGAUUGGGCAGAAAGAGUACCUUUUCGUUUAACACAUAAUAUGAUCGAUGCUAUGGGUCCGUUAGGAGUAGAAGGUCCAUUUAGAAUUGCCUGCCAGACAACUAUGAGUGUUUUAAGAGAACAAUCGAGUACAUUAUUAAGUGUUCUUACUCCGUUUGUAUAUGAUCCAUUAGUUAGCUGGAACAAGAAUCAAACUGGAGCAACUGGAGAAAAACCUAACGAAAAGGCGGUAGAAAGUAUAAAAAAUAUUAAUCGGCGUUUAAAAGGUUUAGUUCGUUCUCAAGGAAAAAAAUUAGAAAAUAUUGCUUUAAAUCUUAGUGUUUCAGGACAAGUUAAUCAAUUAAUUUUAGAUGCUACGAACAUAGAUAAUCUAUGCCAAAUGUAUUUUGGUUGGGGAGCUUUCAUGUAA